GAGGGAUUCAGUAAACAAACGUCGCUGGGUAAAGAUGGAGCCACCUUCCUCGAUCACCUGGCUGGUGGGUGCCAUCCUGCUGGCCCUGCUCCUGGAAAGCGGGCGAAGCCAGGACUGUCAGCUGAUCUCGGAGAACGACAUGGAUGCGGAGGAGGAGCCGUGCGAGAACUUCCAUCAGCAUGUGUGCGGAAAUUGGUAUGCCACCAGUGCGCACCGGAAUCUGGGUGCCCAUGAUAUGCGAUCGAAAUGGGUGGCCAGCCUGAAGCUCCAGCUGAUCCGGCAUUUGGAGUCGGAAUCGGAGUCAUCAUCCUCAUCCUCCUCCUCCUCCUCCUCCUCCUCCUCCCAGCUGGCCACCUUCUAUAGAAGCUGCCUAUCCAGUGGCCAAUCUGUGAGAUCCUACACCGAUGCCCUCGCUAGAAGUGGUGCCAACUUUCCCGUCUUAACCAACACCACUGGGCCCUUCGAUUGGGUUCUGGCCAAUGCCGCCCUGCGAACCUACGGAGCUCAGGGUCUUUGGCGACUCUUGGUCAAGGAGAACUGGCAGUUGGCCGAUCAGAGAAUCUUCUACAUCCUAGCACCCCAUUUUGACUUUCUCGGGCAGAAUGAUGAGAUGAAUGAGUUCCUGUACCAGCGUUAUCUGAAAUUGUUGCUCAUGGAAAUGGGCCUGCGAGUGCGUAGAGCUGCUAUGUUGGCCCAAAAACUGGUGGAGUUCGAGAAGAGUCUACAAGAUCUGCUGCCCAAUGAUGUGGAGAACACCUUGGUGCUCCGGCAACCUCAGAGUCUGAAGGAAUUGGAGCUGCAGUUUCCGGGAUUGGAACUAAAGAGAUACUUUGAGACCAUACUGCAGGGUGUGGAUUGGGACCCAUCGACACUUUUGCUUGUGGUGGACUUGGACUACCUGCAGGCCUUGCAGAGAUUCCUGGCCAGGAACACCACAGAUCCACUGACCCUAUCCACCUGGUUGCUGCUCCAGUUGCCCAGCCACUUUGAAUUGCGGCUCCAUGAUGAUGAUAAGCUAAGCAGCCAGCGAGAUCAUUGCCUGGAACGGAUGAGGAUACUAAUGCCAGGACCUUUGGGUCGACUGCAAAUGCAACUGGUGCUGGGUGAAAACUAUCAGGAUGUUUAUGAUACCAACAUACAGCAGAUAGCUCUACUAUUUAGGGAUCUCAAGCAGCAGUUCGAGUUGAUGCUGAAUGAAACAGAGGUGUUUGAGGUUGAAUUGGCCACCCGGAAUUUGGCUCGCGAUAAAUUGAGGGCCAUGCGAUUGCUAACGCCUCGUUUGCAGGAUCCCACGGGGAGUCCCUUGGGCACGCCCCUACUGGGCGAAAAUUUCGAUGAGAACCUCAUGCAGUUAUCGCUGAACCAGGCCAAACUAGCCUUCCGGCAGGUGUUCGGUGAACCCGUGACCUCCGUGCCCUCGGAUCCCCUGGCCGUGAAUGCCUACUAUCGCCUCAAGUUGAAUCGCAUCGAAUUGCCGCUGGGCUUGAUGGCCACGCCCCUUGUCCAGCUGCCCCCGUGCUCCAAAGAGGCGGAUAUCAGGGCCAAAUUGUCCGCCGGUCUGGGCUACAUACUCGCCCACGAAAUCCAGCAUGCCUUCGACUACGAUGGCAUUAAUUACGAUGCCAGCGGCCAGUUGGCCAACAAUCAGUGGCCAGCACGGGCCAUCAUACGUUUUGGCCUGAGAGCCCAGUGCUAUUUGGGCGACCGGUACAGUAAUGCCACGCUAACCAUCAACGAUAAUAUCGCGGAUAGCGAGGGCCUACGCCUGGCCCUGGACACCUAUCGCCGGCGAAAUAGCACCCAGGACCUGAGAACAUUCUUCGUGGCCUUCGCCCAGAACUGGUGUGGCUUGGCCAGCUCUACGACCGGUUUGGGCCAGCAUUCCGGCCAUGCCGAGAGGGUCAACAACGUGCUCGGCAAUCUGCCGGAAUUCGGGGACACCUUCCAGUGCAAGGCCACCAGCCGGAUGAAUCCCGCCGACAAGUGCCGCAUUUGGUGAAGGACUCAAUCGACCAUCACUCUAUAAUUUGUAUUUCUAUGUAAACUAAUGUAAUAAACAAGUUACUGGAAAAUGUUCUUAAUUUUAACAUGA